UUGGCUAGAGUAGGGGGAGAGGGGCAGGGUGAUGCAUGACUUGUGUGGCUCUUGCAUGGCCACUGGACGAGUUCUGCUCAAGUGAAAUGUGUAAGGUCUAACCUUUUUCCGCGCAGAUUUCACUUGACAAGUUCACUUUCACUUGAUGGAAUACGCUAUAUGAGUUCCACUCUGUGAGUGGCACGUGUCACUCAAACAGGGGACUGUAGAGCCAUCUGGAGGAGCUGUUCUUAGUCCCACUCAAGUGUCUCCUCUCCGUGAGGCCCUGUGUGUGAGCUAGAGGGCAACAGCAUGCUUUACACACUAUUGCACUCUCUAAACUAUACUGUCAAUUAGGAUCAUUAGGCUAUGGAGGUUAUAGGGUUUUAUAAGAUUAUAGGCUUUACUGUAGGUUUAGUACAGAGUGUUUGGGCUGGCACUCAUUCCCUACACUGUGUUGCAUGCAUGCUCUGUGUUGUUGUUGUCGUUGUUGUUGUGUAGGUAGGUGAGCACAUUUUACGGCACACAACUCUGCCUCUUUGUAGGGAUUUAUAAUAGCCUGUUACAGUGGGAUUCCUGCUACAUCGUUACCUUAGCCUGUUACAGUGGAAUACCUGCUACACCGUUACCUUAGCCUGUUACAGUUGAAUACAUGCUACACUGUUACUUCAGCCUGUUACAGUGGAAUACCUGCUACACUGUUACUUUAGCCUGGAAUACCUGCUACACCGUUACUUUAGCCUGGAAUACCUCCUACACCGUUACCUUAGUCUGGAAUACCUCCUACACCGUUACCUUAGUCUGGAAUACCUCCUACACCGUUACCUUAGUCUGGAAUACCUGCUACACUGUUACUUUAACCUGGCUCUCAACCCACCUACUCAUUAACUACUCACCUGGACUGGAUUUGGGUUCGAUUUGACACGAGACACUGUCUCGGAUGUUCAUUUGCUUCGAGGGGUUUUGACACUGCGACCCCACUGAGGAGCUCGUCAGGAAGGGAUAGCUGUGCAUCCGUCGAGCUCUGUCAGCUGUGAUCUCCUCCAUGCUCCUGCAUGCAGCUGAUGGAAGAACAGGCACUCCGACAGCCCGGCAUGGUCUCCAGGCUGCCCAAGUUUGGCUCCAGACCCACCGGGUCUGUCACCCUCCCCGGCCCAAACGGCUGUGCCGCGCCCUCUGCGCCCCCCGUAGGGAAGGUGUUGGCUACGGUGCGGCAGAAUGGGAUCGUGCGCCCCUCUCCCGCCAUGUCCUUCAAAUGGAAGGGCGAGAAGGCGGAGCCUGACCCUAAAGUGGAGGAGGGUAGAGGAGGAGCCUAUCGCGCCCAGCAGCAGCAGCAGCAGCAGCAGCAGAGGGCACUGGUGCGGGAGAUAAAGAGGCCGUCCGCUCCCAUAGCAACAGUACGUCGCCCCGCCCCAUCUGUCUCAACUUCCUCCUACCGAACUGGACAUCAACCUCCAGCCUCCAUGCGAUUCGUGCCCAAUCACAGCCUCUCGAAUGACUUGACGCCAGGCCCCACCCACGGCGGUCUGUCUCAGUCCAGCGACAGCCUGCGCUUGCUGCCGCUGGACAACAUGGUUCGCUCGCAGAGUUUCAGUCACAUGACGCAUGUCGCUGGUUCUGGGGAAAAUCCCAUCGCUCGUUCCUUCUCCUUCAACCAGGAGCUGCCUCGCCCAGCCUCCCGACACCCCCCCUCUGCCCGCUGCACCCUCCCCCUACCCACCCCCAUUCUCAAUGGGGCGAGGGGGGUGAAGACCGGCAUCGCCCGGGGCCUCCCUGCAGGCCCCUCUCUGCUGCCCCCCACCAAUCUAAAGAAGCCCUUGCUGCCUGGACCGGCCCCCAGUAAGCCCUCCGCACUCAGCUAUAGGCUGAUGCGGCCGUCACUCAUCAGGCAGCCCCGGCCAACACCCGUUGGGAAGGCACAAGAGGAGCCAGCGAAGGAGCAGAAAGAGGGGUCACGGGGGGAUGCCCCUGUUGCCCCACGCCCCACAAAGACCUCUGGCAAUCCCGUUACUACCGCCCGAGAGCUAUCAGGCCUGCCAGACGAGGCCAGUGAAAAUAAGGCCAGACCACAUGAGCUCAGAUCUGAACAUCAGGCCAGAAUAGAGGAUCCCAGAGUGUGGGAACAAAAAGAACACGAGUCCCUAGGAACCGAGUCCAGACUAGACGGGUUGAGAACAAUAGGUACCAGAGAAGAGGAGUCCUGGCCAGAUAACCCAAUAGUGGAGGACCCAGACAAGGCUGAAGCAGAUGAGCCCAGAGCAGUACAUCUUAGUGCUAUUAAGACCAGAGCAAUCAAUACCAGAGCAGACGAACCAUCACUCGAGGAUGAGAUCACCACAGACAGAGAGGAUCCCCUGGAGUCUUCCCCAGACGAGAGCUGCGAUCCCAGGGCUGAGGCGAUGGAGGAGCUGCCUACACUCCGCGUCACCUCCGUCACGGGGGAGCCUAUGGAGGAAAUGUCCCUGUCCUCCACUUCCUCCCUGGAGCGCAACGACACCAGCGAGGAGUACAUGGACGACUUCGAUAACCUAGGCAACGGGGGCGGGAUCCUGCUGCUGCCCACCCACGACGGAGGGCUCGUCCAACCGGAGCCGCUCUCGGAGGACAGCGCCCCCGCAGGCCGGCAGCUGGAUGUGUGCUCGGUGACCAGCAUCCACAGCUUCCUGUCUGAGUCGGUGGACUGGGGAGAGAUGGGACUCACCGGUGGUAAGGAGGCCUUCUCAGUCCCGGGCCGUGGCGUGUUGUCUGAUGGCGUGUUCCGUGACGGCUCUUCUCUGGACCUCUCCCCCUCCGACAGCUCUGGAGCCACCUACAUGUGGGAUGAUGAGGACGGGCUGGAGCCACUAGGGGGCCCUCUGAUCCCCUGCCGCAGCUACGACUCCGACCUCAACAGCAUGGACAUCCUGAACAAUCUGGACAACUUGGAGUCCUGCGACCUGGACGAGGAUGACCUCAUGCUGGACGUGGAUCUGCCCGAGGAGUCGUCCCUGCACAGCGAUGCUGAUGGAAGAUGGAGGAGGAGGCAACAGCAGCUCUGGGGCACACAGGAGCACCUCCACAACAACAACAACAGUGAUGGUCUUCUGCAGGCGUUGGAUGGUCUGGAUGUGGAUCUUGUGGAUCAUGUGGAUCAUGUGUCUCUGGAUGAACUGACCCUUCAGCACAUGGCUCAGGACUGCUCCUCAGUCAAGAACCAGCUGCUUCAGCUCAGACAGCUACUAGAGGUAGAGGAGGCGGACUGCAUUGAUGAAGGAGUCUCCUCAUCUGGGGCCUUCACUCCAGACUCAUCCGAAGAUGUCAGCUGUGACCAACAGGUGCAGGAGCUGCUUAUGGAGGUGCAGAAGCUGAGAGAGGAGUUGAGGAGCAAAGACAAGAUGAUCGCCCAGCUUACCCAGCAAAUGCAGUGUGUACCUGAAGAGGCCAGCAGAUGUUCUUGUGAUCUAAAGAGAACAGAAGUCCAGAGAGGCACCAGACCCCUACAUCAGGACUGCACCACGCAGACACCAUGGAGAGGACAUGCGGGCCUGCUGCCCCCCUCUCUCCUCCCCCCGUGGCUCUGCCCAAAGCAGACUCACCCGCGGGCACGCUUGCCCCUCCUCCACCGAAAGACCUCAAAUUCUACCGCCUUCCAGAGCCGCACCCAAUCUCCACUCACCUCAGGGUGCACUAGUCGCCCCCAGCGCCCCCCAGGAAAAGUGCAGUGGGGGGGUCGCCGCUGUCGUCCGUCCACAGAAGCCCCAGUCCUGCCCUCCAUCCUGCCCAGACCCCCCCUCGCCGGACCUCGCCGCACCCCAGCCCCCCCACCACCACCUGCUCGACUCAGCCACGGGACCCCAGCUCCACGGAAAGAGGGGCCGCCUGGGCGCCCACCCGAAAACGGAGCUCGCUCAAAGGAGACCGGCUCUGGCCCCCACCGAGAGAGACUGGCCUGUGGCCUCCCCCCCCCACCGGAGCGCCCCUCACCCCAACGCACGGGCCGCAUCAGCGCCACCCCUGCCCACGGAGAGGGGGGGUCAGAGGCCCAGACAGCUGCCCCCUCCAUCCCGAGGCCUCCCCUGCUUCAGCACGGCCCCCGAGGCCUGUCUGCCCGCCCCGGGCCCCACCCCCGGCCCCACCCCCGCCCUCGCCACGGCGCGCUCCUCUCUGGCGCCCCCCCGAGGCUACAGGCAGAACCGCCUCAACUCUCCCCCCGCCGCCUGCCCCCCCGCUAGAGACCUGGAGAACGGCUCGCCACACACACACGCUCAGGCACCGCUCACGCUCAACUCACGCCUCCCCAAGCCAAAGAGCCACUGACACACAC